GGCCCUGGCGGCGUGGCGUCCCUGCUGGCCCACCUGGGCAGGCGCGAGCGGCGCCCGGACGUGCUGUCCGUGAUGCGGAACCUGUGCGUGGACAAGGACUACCACGCGGUGGUGUGCGGGGCCGACCUGCUGGCGAGGAUGUCUGGCUUCCUGUACCCGUGGGAGAAGGCCGAGGCCUCCUCCGGGAAGCAGCUGCCGGCCGAGUUGCGCGAGAGGCUGGCGCAGGGCGGGUGCGCGCUCACCGGCGAGGCGGCGGUUCGCAGCGCAGCCGCAG